CAGGAGGGAGGGGCAACCGCUAUAUAGAAAAGGUCAAGAAUCGGAAAAAAAAAAUAAUUAUAAUAAUAAUUUAAUAUAAACAUUCAUCAAAGGAAUCAUCUUAACUAUCUAAACAAAAGACUGUCUUUACUUUACAAAAUUGUAUUGAACAUCAUGAGCUACCCUAAUGAAGACACUUCGUUAGAUAAUUAUUCCCAUCCUGAAAUAGAUUGUGAAGAGUUCAAAUUAGAUUUACAUUCAUUGAUUGAAGAUGACAUAGAAGUAGAACCAAUAGAACAACAAUCACAACUUUCAUCUACAACCUCAAGUCGACCAGAAAGUCCACAGAAAAGAAGAAUACCCACCUCGAUACCAAUUUCAAAUAACUUAUUCAGUUUGAAUACACCCAAUCUUCAAGUAAUGGGAGAUCAUUCAGUCACUAAUGAACUUUUCCAAGUUACUCAUAAUUUAAGAGGAAGUAGUUCAUCUCCACCAAGAAAAAAGGUUAAACAAUAUGAUCUCUUUGGUAAUGAUGAAGAUAUGUUUGAAGAUAUAUUUUCUGGUAAGAGAUUAAAUAAUUCUAAAAUUGAUAAAUUAGUACAAGAAUUAGAACAAAAGAUAGACGGAGAUGACGAUUACGAAAUGGAUGAUCAAGUAAGAACAAGAAUAUACAAGGGUAGAUUUAGACCACUUGAAGAUGAUAUGGAUUCUAAAAUCGGAGUAUAUUUGGAUGAAAAUAAGGAAAAUAUGCCACAACCAGAUCCAUUGAAAAGUGUACGAAAUCUUGAAAAUAAUUCAAUAAAGAAAUCAGGGAAAGUGUUUUUCAAAACCCCAAGACGGAAGAAAGAUAUAAAAUCAUUUAUCCCAGUAUUAAAACCAUUGAAUAAUGUUACAAAUGUUGAUCUUCGAAUUAAUGACAAUAAUAAUAAUAAUAAUAAUAAAUUUACCAAGGGCUUUCCAACAUUAAACCCUCAAAGAUCUCCAAAGAGAAUAUGCAUACCAAGUAAGAAAUGGAAUUCAGGGAAUAACUUGAAACCAAGCAUUAAAUAUAAGGAUACUCAAUCACAUAUUUAUUUUGUUGAUUCUCUGACAGGAUUAAUCAAUGAUGCCACACAAUUUGGUACCGAACUUAAUGCAUCAAACUGUGAAGGAUUCCUACUUCCAGAAGAUACAAAUGAAAUAGUUCAAAUUCCUACAAAUGAUGAUACAAUUAAGAGUAAACAGAAAAUGGCAAUCAUUAAGGCAUUCCAUAAUAAAUACAGUUCAAAAAAUAAAAUCCCAACAACUCAACCAUUUACCAAAGCUGGGUUUUAUACAAAGGAAGAAUUUGAAAAAUUCAUAAAUAAUUCCUCAAAGACAAUUCAAACUUCUAAUGGAGUUGAAGUUGUACAAAGUCAAAUACAAUCACCAGAGGAAUCUACAAUUAAUUCUACCAGUAAUUCAACCAUUGAAGGGUCUCAGGAACAACGUCAACGACUCAAGGUUAGAUGGGCAGAUCAAUUAGAAUGGUGAAUAAAUAUAUAUACAUAGG